AUGGCCACUGCAUCCAUCCUCACUCUCAUCCUCACCCUCCUCCUCCUCCUCUCCUCCCUCCAUCCCUCUUCUGGCCAAGUGAUGGUCAGCUCCUCCUCCUCAUCCUCCUCUCUUCCAGACCCUGUCAACACUCCAUCCCUCAAACCCAGUCUGCCCUCCUCUCGUCCCAGAGGUCAGAGCGACAGGUCUGUCAGAGUGACCAACGGUGAUUGGUCCACAGAGAGAGGAGGUAGGGGCGAAGGGGGCUCUGACCUGGGACAGGGUGGGGGAGAAAUGGGCACUCCCACAACACAGACUAGAACUAUAGACCUCAGUCAAUCCCAUUCCCCCUCUCAGAAACUCAACAUUGGGUCUGCCCAAAGCCUGUCCACUUCUGUUGAGGCUAGGACAGGUACUAUGGUAACCCCAGAACCAAGUGGGAUUGCAUCUGCAAAGGGACCAUCUGCGCUCCCACCCACCAAACUCUCAGGUGCUGAGCCAGUGACAUCAGGAGGCAGGGAAUCUGAUGGACCAAUCGUACCAGAGGAUGUAGAUGAUUGGCAGACAACUGGAUCAGGAAGUGAAUUUGUCCCUACAGCGAUGGCUGUUGUGAAGAAAGAGUCACCGGUUGCCUUGACAACAUCAGAUGGAAUGGCACAGUUCCGGCCACAGGCUCAGACGGCUUUCAGCGGAGGGCCAUCAUCCAAGAAGGCCAAAGCACAGAUGACCCCGACGGUCAGCCUCACUGUCCAGCCCCGCCUAUCUGCCCUGACAACAGCCAAUAAGAUCCUCUCCACACAGUCACCUGACAUUAGAUUGACAGUCGUCCCUGUGGUGUCACAAUCAACAGUCCGUGGAGGAGCAGUGACAGGUGUAUACCUAAAGAUGAACUUAUAUGUCGUUUCAGAGGAAUAUGUUUUAACCUAGGAGGACUAAUGGAGUAGUAGACUGCCAUCCAUAACUGGAGAUUGAGUACUAUGCUAUUAUCUCUGAGUGGUUCUUUAUCAUGUUGUUAUAACUUUUGAGUAGUAUUUGAGUGACAUUUAUGUAGUUGUCAGCAGAGGGGCUGCUUCAUGUCUCUUGUGUCUUUCUUCAGGUGAUAUGACAGCUAACACUAUUACAGCCACAGACGGACCAAUAGCAGGACAGACCUCCACUGUGACAUCACCAUCUCCCAGAGCAACCACUCCUGGCUCAACCAAUCAACAGCCAAAGUCAGCGGCACCUCAAGGACCCACCCCCAGCUCAACCAAUCAACAGCCAAGUACCACAACACAAGGAGCGACCACCACAACUACAACCAAUACGACGGCAACAAAAGCAGAACCCAAAAAUACUUCAACAAGCACAACCAAUCAACCAACAAAGGCUACUGAACCAGGAAGAACUACAACAAGUACCAAGACAGGUAGAGAAAGGAGGCUUUUGGGUGUUGUAGUUCCAAGGGUGGAAAACAAUGUCCACUUUGACUGGGCCUAAGUUUCCUUUUCCUGUGAUGAUUUAGAGUUGAAUUAUUUAUGCAGCUGGAGUUUUACUGGAAGUUCCUGGAACAGGCUCAAAGGAGGGAAGAGGCAGAGACAGAGUGAGUGAGAGAGGGAUGGAAAGUGGAGGUGUGCAGGGUAGACUCAGGCAGGAAGGAGAGAAAGAUGGACAGAGAGAAGAGCAUAGAAACAAUGUAGUACACUCUUAGAAGUAAAUGUGCCUGGAACACCUUUUGGGUUGCUACACCGAUGGAACCUUUUUGUGAUGGGAUGGGUGUAAUUUUGAACAUUUGACAUAAUAUAUCAGAAGAAUGGAGGUGUGGCUUAUUGGAGGCGUGGCUUUCAGAUCAUUAUUUUUGGCCACCCAUUCGAGUAAAUGUCCUUCCUGUUCAUCAUGUUGAGUUUGUACACUGCUUAGAAAAUUAUAGAAAUGGAGUGUUUAUGCAUAUUACAUAUUCUGAUAUAAUAUUAACAUUGCUGACUACAACUAGUAACUAUUCCAACUUCGGGAUUUGACUAGGCACUUUGGGAACUCAUACACCUCUGUAAGCCUCAUUGAAGCUACAAAACUGUCAAUGUUCAACCUUAACAUGAAAAUACAACAGAACAGAUUAACAGGAAUGACAUUAACUCUAACGGUAGGCCAAAAAAGAUCUAUCGGAAAGCCACGCACCUUACUAAGCCACGCCUCCAGUCCAGCGUUCCUCCAGGAACCCUUUGCUACAUUGAAACAUUAAAGGUUCCUCCAAGAACCCCUCAACUAACCAAAGGUGCAAAUAUGAACCAUUGACUAUCAAUGGGUCCUUGAGGAUCUCCAGGGUUCAUCGAGUCACCACUAAUUCUAAGAUUGUAGAGGAAAGAACAAGAUAAAUGAUUAAAGAGUGAUGCUGAGAGUUUGAACAAUGGAAGGGGAUAAGGAGGACAUAGAAGAGUAAGGAGGUGAGUGAAAGAGAAAGUAAAACAGAAGGAGAGGUAGGGGUAUAGAAAGUACACAGGGUGAAUAAUGAAAACCAGAUGGAUGGAGAGAGUGAAGGAGGAAGGGGAGAAGUGGAGGAGAGGAAAAGCAGACAGAGAAGGAAAAAUAUGACACAUGGGGACAACAUUCGAGCAACGUUUAAACAACCCUCCAUUUGGUCUGUUAUCCCCAGGAGUGUACUGAAACUGAACGACUAUACCUCUUUACAGAACACUGAGGUUGGUUGGUUAACUAAUGACUCAUAAUAAUGAUAACAGAGAGAUGUUUAUACAGUAUGUGCUUCCAUAUGUAUUUUGUGUGUAUUGGCACGUGUUUUGGUCUCGUUAGUGUGUCGUAACGUUUGUGUGUGUGUGUGUGUGUGUGUGUGUGUGUGUGUUAGAGAGUGGGGACUUCCAAGUGCCUCCAGCUGUGAAAUUUGAGCAGCACAUCUGGGACAUGUCUGAGUCCUGCUGCUCAUGAAGAGGAGAGUGUAGUUAAGAGAAGGGAGUUACUCAAAUAUUUUGUUUAAUAGACUAGGGAGUGAGAGAAAGUGAGAGAGAGCCAGGAAGUGUAACACAUGUUGGAAGGAGCCAUCAGUCAGUGUGUCAGGUUUAUGGUGUGUUCUUCAGGGUGAGUUAAGGCUGGUUUACAGUCCGUCUAUCGACAUGUCUGUAGACAAUUGUCAUAGCGACAUCAUGAACAUUCUAUUGUCAUAUGACAUCAAACUUGUCAUUGUUGUUAUGAAAAAGCGUAAACACAAAACGACAGCCUCUGCAUGACAUCAGCAGCCCGGUGCUCCAAAUAGCAUACAUUCUCUAUUUUAUCACCAAUAAACCCAUCUGUUUAAAAAUGAAUUCAGUAAAUGUCCACCUAGUAAGCCAGGCAACUAAUCAAGCCAGGCAACUGACCAUGGUAACCCCGGCAAUGGACGUUGCGACAGUCGCAGAGACGUAAGGCCAGUUUAUACUUGGUCUAACAACAUGUCUGUAUACCUUUAGAAUGUGAUAAGUGUCGCUGGUCAAAACAACAUUUAAUUUAUACUCCGGUGGAGUGUCUGUAAACCGUCGCUGCGACUGUCAGUUUCCUUGUUGCACAGACAUGAAAAAAGUUUAAGUCUCAGCAACUGUCUGUUGUCAUGGUUACCGGACUGCCACAGCAACCAGACCAAAUCUUCCUGUGACAAGAUGAUGGAGUUCUAAAAUUCUCAGAUAAAAUGACCUACAUUUGUUUUGUCACACUGUGGCAGUAAGGUCUUUUCUGUAAGCUUGCCAUUACCUUGUAAAUAAUUAUGUGUUUGUGGGUUUAUUUUCCUGUAAUAAUAAAUAAAACGUAGUUAAAGUUAAGACGUUGUCAGCUAUACUCUGGUCAUUAUUUGAACUGGCUAGCCAGCUAGCUAGCUAGCUAACUAGCUAGCAACGAACCAACACAUUGUUUAGAAAUAGAUUUUAGUUGCCUGGCUUGCUAGGUUGACAUUUACUGAACUCAUUUUUAAACAGAUGGGUUUAUUGGUGUUAAAAUAGAGAAUGUAUGCUAUUUGGAGAACCGGACUGCUAAUGUCAUGCAGAGGCUGUCGUUUUGUGUUUAUACUUUUUCAUAAUGGCAAUGACAAGUUUGAUGUCGGACGACAAUUGUCUACAGACAUGUUGAUAGACAGACUGUAAACCAGCCUUUAAACUUUUUUCAUGUCUGUGCAACAAGGAAACUGACAGUCGCAUUCUAAUUGUCUACAGACAUGUUGUUAGACCAAGUAUAACUGGCCUUUAGGACUCAAAGAGCUCUGAGUGUUCUCUGUCAGACCUUUACUUCAGAUGAUUCUGUUCAUCAUUUCUUUACUUCUCCAAGUGUGUGUGUGUGCGUUCUUGCGUGCAUGAGCUAGUGAGCACGCACAUGUGCAUGUGUGUGCGUGUGUGUCUUUAGAGAGGGCUGGGAGAGACUGGUAGAAUGUAUGGUUACAAAUUGGGAUUAAAGUUUAACCAAACCCCAUAAAUUUCUCGUUUGGACAGUAUACAGUGCUUUCGUAAAGUAUUCAAACCUUUUUCCACAUUUUGUUACGUUACAGCCUUAUUCUAAAAUGGAUAAAAAACAAAAAAAUCCUCAUCAAUCUACACACAAUACCCCAUAAUGACAAAGCGAAACACCUCAUUUACAUAAGUAUUCAGACCCUUUGCUAUGAGACUCGAAAUGUAGCUCAGGUGCAUCCUGUUUCCAUUGAUCAUCCUUGAGAUGUUUCUACAACUUGAUUGGAGUCUACCUGUGGUAAAUUCAAUUGAUUGGACAUGAUUUGGAAAGGCACACACCUGUCAAUAUAAGGUCCCACAGUUGACACUGCAUGUCAGAGCAAAAACCAAGCCAUGAGAGCUCCGAGACAGGAUUGUGUCGAGUCACAGAUCUGGGGAAGGGUACCAAAACAUUAAUGCAGCAUUGAAGGUCCCCCAAAGGAGCUUCAACAAAGUACUGAGUAAAGGGUCUGAAUACUUAUGUAAAUGUGAUAUUUGAGUUUUUUAUUUUUAAUACAUUUGCAAACAUUUAUAAAAACCUGUUUUUGAUUUGUCAUUAUGGGGUAUGGUGUUUAGAUUGAUGAGGGGAAAAAAAACAAUUUCAUCCAUUUGAGAAAAAGGCUGUAAUGUGACAAAAUGUGGAAAAAGUCAAUGGGUCUGAAUACUUUCCGAAUGCACUGUAAGUCGUGUUAUGGUAGUCCACCCUGUCAGUGUUAUCUUAGUGUUUAAGCUCUGGUGGUUGGAGGUGAUGAAUGGAAUUGUGAACACAUGUACAUGUGUGUCAGAGAGAGAGAGAGAGUGAGCGUCAGAGAGAGAGAGAGUGAGCGAGUGUGUGAAGGGAGCGGGAACAGGCAUAUGUGAUAGAUAUUGUGACAGGUCUUUGAUAGUUUCAGUAUGUGUCGCGCUUCUUGCUCCAUUCCCACAGAUAUAUUAAAGGUGUUACACAGAAAAUGUCCAUAACAGCGGCAGCCCGCCCACGGACGUGAUAAAUAUAUAUAUUAUAUAAUUAUGUUUUAAAUACUCAUAAAAGUGCGGUAAAUGUGUACAUCUUCCUGUUUUAAAAAUAUAUUGUUUAAAACAAGCUGUUCAGUUACUUACUGCUACGCCCCUCAGUGACUGCCAGCAGCAGCAGCUCCGCCUCCGUGGGCACAUAGGCCUUGCGAACAUUGCUUGGAUUGUUUUGAAAGCUUUUUGCUAUGAGGGGGAACUGUCCUAAUGAAAUCGCAAGAUUUCAUAGCAUUAAUUCUAACAGCACAAAGUAAGUGGACCAUCCUUGGGCGUUCAAAUGUGCGUCCAUUCAGUCAGAACUUCUGGGUCUGCUCUAUUCUCCAUCCCAAUGAGUCUCUCGCACCAGAUGGCUUACUUCCGCAUGUGAGACUAGAUCUGCUCUAUCAGGUACAGAUGACGCUAAAGCAAAAAGCAAAUUGUAAUUAACUUGUAAAUAAAUAGUCAUAACAGUUAUGGGAGCCUGUGACCUUGUAAACCGGACAACUACAUCGCGGAUCUGGUAGGAAAAAAAGCAUGGCCAAUUUUGUUUCCCCACAUGUUGUUCAUAAGGUUCUACUGUAGGUGACAGGGCGACAUGUUGUGAGGACUAAAACAGCAUAAAACCGGGUGUAUCUCAAAGCAUGAUCAAAUUAAAUAGCCAGCUACAGUAAUUUUGAGACAAAUGUUGACAAAAAUGUGCAGUUUUAUAGCUAAUCUCAUUCUAUUAUACACAUUGUGCCAUGAGGCUGAGAGAAAAUGUUGCUGUUUUAAAGCAAAUUUCCUGCAAUUCUACAGAUUUUGCCAUGGGGCAGAGGAAAAUGUGCAGUUGUAUAGCUCAACUCAUGCUAUUUUGCUCAGUUUUCUCCUAUCACAGCCAUUAAACUCUGAAACUGUUUUAAAGUCACAAUUACACUGGGUGUAUUGAUACACCAUUGAUACACCAUCCAACGUAUAAUUAAUAACUUCACCAUGCUCAAAAGGAUAUUCAAUGUCUGGUUUUUUUAAGUUUACCCAUUUACCAAUAGGUGCCCUUCUUUGUGAGGCAUUGGGAAACCUCCCUGGUCUUUGUGGUUAAAUCUGUGUUUGAAAUUCAAUGAGGGACCUCAGUCGAGCAGUGAAUUUCAAACACAGAUUCAACCACAAAGACCAGGGAGGUUUUCUAAUUCAUUGCAAAGAAGGGCACCUAUUGGUAGAUGGAUACAAAUUAAAAAGUAGACAUUGAAUAUCCCUUUGAGCAUGGUGAAGUUAUUAAUUACACUUUGGAUGGUGUAUCAAUACACCUAGACACUACAAAGAUACCGGCGUCCUUCCUAACUCAGUUGCCAGAGAGGAAGGAAACCGUUCAGGGAUUUCACCAUGAGGCCAAUGGUGACUUUAAAACAGUUACAGAGUUUAAUGACUGUGAUAGGAGAAAACUGAGGAUGGAUCAACAACAUUGUAGUUAUUCCACAAUACUAACCUAAAUGACAGAGUGAAAAGAAAAAACCCUGUACAGAAUACAACUAUUCCAAAAGAUGCAUCCUGUUUGCAUUAAGGCACUAAAAUAAAACUGCAAAAAAUGUGGCCAAGAAAUGAACUUUAUGUCCUGAAUACAAAGCAUUAUGUUUAGGGCAAAUCCAACACAACACAUCACUGAGUACCACUCUUCAUAUUUUAAAGCAUGGUAGUGGCUGCAUCAUGUUAUGGGUAUGCUUGUCAUCGGCAAGGACUAGGAAGAUUUUUGGGAUAAAAAGAAACAGAAUAGAGCAGGUAAAAUCCUAGAGAAAAACCUGGUUCAGUCUGCUUUCCAACAGACACUGGGAGACAAAUUCACCUUUCAGCAGGACAAUAACCUAAAACACAAUGGCCAAAUAUAUACUGGAGUUGCAUACCAAGACGACAUUGAAUGUUCCUGAGUGGUCUAGUUACAGUUUCGACUUAAAUCAGCUUGAAAAUCUAUGGCAAGACUUGAAAAUAGCUGUCUAGCAAUGAUCAAGAUCCAACUUGACAGAGCUUGAAGAAUUUGUAAAAUAAUAAUGUGCAAAUAUUGUACAAUCCAGGUGUGCUAAGCUCUUAGAGACUUACCCAGAAAGACUAACAGCUGUAAUCGCUGUCAAAGGUGAUUCUAACAUGUAUUGACUCAGGGGUGUAAAUACUUAUCGAAAUGAGAUAUUUCUGUAUUUCAUUUUUUAUAAAUUUGCAAAAAUGUUUUGUCACUUUAAAUUAAGGCUGUAACACAACAAAAUGUGGAAUAGGUUAAGGGGUAUUAAUUCUUUCUGAAGGCACUGUGUAUGUUUUUUACAUUAUCUAAAGAUUAUGUAAAGAGAUGAUCUCAUCAAUUACAUAAUCUAGUAGUAAGCAGUGAGCUCCAAUUAAAAUACAUUCUAAAUGACUGAAGACUCAGCCCUCCUUAAUAGCUUAAUGUCACUGAGUUUGUGUGGUAUGUGCAUGUCUUCACCUCAAGAUACCUUUCAUUAAUUAAGUGUGUGUGCGUGUGCAUGUCUUCACCUGCAAGUGUGUGUGUGUGUGUGUGCAUCUGAUGUGCAAGUGUGUGUGAUGCGCACACUACUUUCUUAAAGUACAUACAGUAUGUGUUAAGGUGUGUGCAUGUGUCUGACGUACGAGUGUGUGUGAUGUGCGCAAUACUUUCGUAUAGUAGGGAUGUGUUAAUGUGUGUGCGUGCUAUCUAAUCUGUGCUCCAGUCUCUAACAGUAGAGAGGAGAAGACAGUUUGUCCAGGUCAAGUCUGUAGGCCCCAUGCUGGGCUCGCUGGGAGGUGUCUUACGUAAGAGCCGACGACUGUCAACAAACACACACUAUCUAGCUACCUGCCACACACGCACUAUCAGGGAGAACAAGAGGUGGAGAAGGGGUGCUAAUAAGAGAGAGAGAGAGAGAGAGAGAGAGAGAGAGACAGACUAUUUACUAUUUGGAGUGUUUAUGAGGGCUGUGUGGGGUUGAAAGAGGUGAACUGUUUCACAAUUACCCUUUGUGAUUUUUGCCCUCAUUGGAAAACACUGUUGAGUGUCCUUUGGCCUGGUAUGAGAAUAGAAGGUCAAAAUAUUCAACUCCCUGUGGGUUAUUUGUUGCCUUGUGGAGUAGAACCUUCUGUGCUCUCAAUACACUCUUCUCAUAGGAAAUUAGCCCCCUCUUGUGGGGUAGAUUGUCCACUGUAUGUGUCCGCUUGUUAUAGCUGGGUUCUGCUCUGUUAAAGAAAGUGUUUUUGAGUAUUAUUGUCAAUCAUUACAGAUGUUUUGGGACAGUUCAAUAUGAUGAAUUAAGAAUUUCUCUCUCUGCCUCCAGGGACGUCCCCUCUCCACAUCACCCCUACUCUACAAAUUCAAAAAAAUGACACCCACCCAGUUCAGAGGAACCACUCCAUCCCCGUGGGCCGCCCUCGCCUCCCCCCAUCCUCCUCUCCCUCCUCCUCUCCCUCCUCCUUCUCUUCCCCCAACGGCACCUCUCUCCUGUGGGAUGACCUGAGCAGGACGCUGGCCUUCGCCUGGGGGCUCCACGUCUACGGCACGGCUAUCCUCUUCCUGCUCUUCCUGGCUGGAGCCGCCCUGGGUCUGGUUCUAGCCCCCAGCAUGCACUGCCCUCACCGUGGUGCGCUGGUCCUGGCCAACGCCCUCCUUCUCCUGGUGGGCGCAGCCAGGGCAGCUCUGUUCCUGAUUGACCCAUACGGAACAAGGAAGAUUCUUCCCCGGCCUGCAGUGACUGCUCUUUAUAACCUCCCUCUGCCGUUACUGGUAUGGGCUCAGGCUGCACUGGCGCUGCUCGCCAUGAAGGAGGCAGGUGUGAGUCUGCUGCCCUCUGCUCUUGAGCACCCUCCUCUGUUGGCUGUGUUGGCUGUAAUACAGUGCACCCUGCUGCUGGCUGCUGACCUUCUCUCCCCAGCCCUGUCCCCAGCUGUGCCUGUCACCCUGCAGUCCCUGUCUCUCUGCUGGGGCCUGGCACUCUGUCUGGGCUUCCUGUGCUACGUCUUCCCCCACCUCCACCACCUGCCUGCCCAGCCACCCAUCCCAGAGGAGGAGAGGGCAGUUAAAGCCUGGCCGGGGGGUAGGAGGGCAGGGUCAGUGCUGGGUCGUGUGCUGGUGUUGUGUGCCCUCCUAGGGGCAUUGUGCUGUGGACUCCACAUCUACGCCACCCUGUGGCUCUACGGGAUGUUGGGGGACUGGAGGCGCUUCUGCUGGGACUGGUGGCUGGUUCACUUCUGGGCCCGGCUGUUGGAGCUGGCCUGGGCCUUUUCUCUCAUCCUCUUGGGCUCCUGGGUGUUCUGGAGGCCCCGGGGGGCCCAAGGGAGAGGAGAGGAGGGAGCAGCGGAGAGCAGGGCGGGAGGAGAUCUCCCCUCACCUGGACAGUCAUCUGGGUCGACUCAUAAACACACCUGCUGGUCCAAGAUAGUCCAGAGCCUGACAGGGAAGCCCUGUGGGAAGUUAGAGAGUAACGGAGUGGGAGGAGUAGUAGUAGGAGGGGGCGGGGCGGAGGAACUGCCUAAUAACUGGGCGGGGCAGGAGCGCUCGGGGGCCGACAUCAGCAAGAGUCUGAUCAGAAACCAGAACCUUGAGGCUCCACCCUCACAGCCACGCGGCGUCAAGGACAGCAACCGUGGACGCAACCAGAGAGGCAGGUCUGCAGAAAGGGGGGUGUCGGAUGGGUCCACAGGAUCUCUGCUGCAGGCGUUAGGCCGCCCCCCACUGCACAUGCUUAGCGGCAGCCUGGAGCAGGAGAAGGAGUCAGGGGUGUCUCUGUAUGAGUUUGACCUGCGACCCCCCUCCCCCAUCGACCUGAGCCGCAGCAUCGAUGAGGCCCUGCAUCGAAAGCACAUCCUUCAUGGGGGCAGCCUGUUUCAGCCCCUUUGCGCCCCCUCACCCACUCCCUCCCCGGGCUCAGCUGUCAGUCAGGGGGGCCCCUGGCUCCGCAGGAACAGCGACCCCCAGAUCUCUGACAGCAGUGAAGAUCGCUCAGCCUGUACAGAGUCCUCCGUGCCACUGGGGGGCAGUGUGCUCAGCAGUGUUCCCAGCAGGCAGGUCACUGCUCCCCCCACGCCCUCUCACCAGGGGCACUGCUGGGCCGGGGACGGGGGUGCCAGUGUCCCCUCCUCAAUGUCCUGUCCCGUCUCCCUGCGCCCCUCCAGAACCUCCAAGGGGCAUAUUGGGGAAGACGGGGGAGACGACACAAGGCCCUUCCUCACCCCAGACUCUGAGACCCAGAGGGGGUGGGCAGGGAGGAAGGGAGCGGGAGGGAAGAGCUACAUGGAGGUCAGCAGGAAGGACGACUUAGCCAGCGUCAGCAGUGAGAUUAUUGACCUCUGA